AUGCCUUCUUCUAAUACACAAAUGCUAGGCGCCAUCUCGUCGCUCGUGUCAGCCGGUCUCUUCUCUGCGGCCGCGUUUGCCGGGUGCAAGUGGGGCGUCGCGUGCAGCUAUGGCACAGCAAACGUCUCGGUCCUCCAGGCCGCGACGCACCUGGUCCCAAUUGCCGCCGCGGUCGAGGUCGCCGCGUGCUUUGCCCUCCUCACCGACAGGCGCAGGACGAGGAAGCUCUACCCCACACUAGCAAUCGCAGGCAUGGUCGUUGCGCUCAUCGCUUUUGUCGCUGCCGCCGGGCAGUGGUACCUCGCCGACAGGCAGUAUGGCCCCGCACUCGCGGCCAAGACGGGCCGGGGUGUCGUGCUCCUGGGCCACGCGACGUGGGCUGCCGUGCUCGCCUGCCUCGUGGAGGCGAUGGAGGGCGAGCAGGAGGGCAAGCAGGAGGGACGGGUCAGGCUAGCGGGGGUCGACGACGACGCAGAGACCGUGAGCGUCGACGAGAAGAGCCCAACAAGCGCCUAA